AUGGGUGUCAGGAUCCUGAUCCCAGUGGAGGAGAAAAGGGGCUGGUACUUCACCAUGACAACGCUCUUCAUCAGGUUAGAUGGCAUCUUCCUGGAGCUGGGCAGUGAGGAGCAGAAGAGGCUGCCAGCCUUCAACCGCACGUUGGCCCUGCUCCGCCAAGUCCUCAAGUCCUCAGAACCCCACCACCGAGCUCUGGCCUGGUGCUACCUCGGGAUGCUGCUAGAGAGGAAGGACACCUUCUCCACCACCCCCAUGGGCAUCCACGAUUGCGGCUUCUCAGGGACCGACCCCCUGGACUGCUUUGGCAAGGCCAUCGAGCUUGCCAAGGACCAACCCCCUAUCCUGAAUCGCCUGGCCAAAAUCUUCCACUUCCUCGGAAAGCAAGACAUGGCCAUUGGCACCUGCAACAUGGCCCUGGACGUCCUACGAGAUCCAGAGCUCAACUGGCAGGCAUACUGCACAAGGGCCAAGAUCCACAUCAGAGCCUAUCUGCACGACUUGGAGCGAGGCAAGAUGGGGCUUGGGGGCAUACCUGAUAGGAACCAUCUGGCCUGCGCCAAGGCCGACCUCGAGGAAGUGGUCAAGGUGUGCCCAGGCUUCAGGACCUACCUGGACAUCGGGCAGGUCUACUACUACAUGGGCGUGGACGCCGUGCAGGAGCUGCUGGCGGUGGACGAGGCGGCGCUGAACCAGGCGCUGGUCUUCCUGGCCAAGGCCGGCGAGUCGGAGCUGGGCGCCACGCUGCCGGAGCUGCAGCUGCUGCGCGGCAAGUGCCUGCGCAUCAAGGGAGAAGAGGCCAACGCGGCGGCCUGCUUCAAGCGCGCCGUGGAGCUGGACGACGCGGGCUCCAGCCACACCGAAGGCUUCGGCUGCCUGCUCGAGGCGCUGCUGGCGCAGUGGAGCCAGGCGCAGCUCAGCGACGCCGAGCUGGGCCACGAGGUGGACGCGUGGCUGCGCCGUGCCCAGGACAAGUACCCGGCGGCGCGCCUGCGCCAGGAGCUCCUCGAGACCAUGGAGCGCAAGGGCGAAAGCACAGGCCCGCUGCGGGGCCGCCGAGCCUACUCCUUCUGAGGCCCCGUCCCGUCGGGGCGCCGCCCACAAAUGAUUGGACCUGGUCUGGGUGCUGGAAACCGGCUCUCGCUGCCAUAGGCUGGCGGGUAGGCGGAGCCAAUCAGAUUCUCUUUCGAGAAUUGGAACCGGGAAGUUGAGACAUUGGGGCGGUUUGAUGUCAUCACAGAGGAGAAAGGGCCUGAUUCAGGAGAGCAAGGGAGGCUGGAGGCAGACGCGAGGGGCCACUGGGAAACUGCCAAAUCGAAGGACUAAAUUAUGCAAAUACGCAGAAGAAACAAGAUGGCUGAGAGUCUCCUAAAAGAUACAGAAGAUAAUUGGCUCCAUUUUGGCGACUUUCUAGUCCUCGAGUGCCCGUCUUUGGAUUCCCGUGAGUCACUCUCCAUCCUUACCAUAAGACUCCCUUUACUUAAGUUGAGUGGAGUAGGUGUCAGGUCCUGCAGCCGAAGAAGCUGUGGCUAGAGCAGAGGGCACAGCCAUCAGUGAGCAGGUAAGGGCGGGGCGGUGGUCUACACCUGGCUGCUCAGGGCCCUUUCCUGACUCUCUAGCAGUCUUCCAGCAGGCCUCAUCCUCGGUCAGCUUAGACUGAAAGGCCCCCAAACUCCCUGAAAUAAAGCCUAUCAAUAGAAACUUUGCUUGACUUCCCUGUUCUCGGCAGAACCUAGAGGCCCCACCCAUCAGGAAGUGUCACCUGCAGCCAGUCUCAAACCUACAAGAGAGUGAAGAAAAUCUUGGCAUUUUACACCCUUGGAAUCGUAGUUGUAGAAUUUUAGAUGUGGGAUUUUAUUGUCAAAGACUUAGGCUCUGAUUGUCAGCAAAUCUUAGAAUGGCCAAGCUGGAUUCUUGUGGCCCUACUCACAAGAGUGAAUUUAACCUGAAACUCCAGAUUAAGUUCUUUCCAGACUGCAGGAAUGCUGGUUGUACAUAACUGCAAUGGCAAGACUCCUUGCUGCAGUAAUGGUUUGUGGUUUAUUUUGUACUCUCCUCCCCCGACCUUUUUUUUUAAUAGUUAUACCCACUGCUUUGCUCAUUUUCCUGAUGCUCAGACUGUACUAGGGAUAGGCCAGCUUCCCUACAUCGCUUCUCAUGUCCCAAGUGACAGAUGGAGAACAGACUGAGAAGUGCAGUCCUUGGAGAUCACGCACUCCAAUCCCUCACUGUGCACAUGGAGAGGCUGAGAGCGGUGGAAUGAAAGUGGCUUGCUCAGAGUCACACUUCCUAGCCUCCCUCCCCCUGUCCCUCCAAUUUUCAGCACUUUUCAGGUUUGGAAAAAUGCUAAUAAACUGGAAACACUAAAGCA